UAUGUAAAUAUUUUAGAAACGAUAGAAACAGUGGCGAAGCUGGUCGACCGACAGAGGUUGCAAUCAGAAACGAAAAGUCAUCGCGUUUUUUUUUUACAAAUGUGAAGAACCCCGAACAUCUACUUGGUGUUUUUCACGUCGAUAUACAAUUAGUGGCAGAGUAAUUCACAGUUUGUCAGCAGUAUAACAUAUUUCUCAGCGUACUUUUUAUGCUUAGCACUAUUGCAUAGACAAACACGGUUUGAACGGUAGCAGGAUGUCGAUGUCGGCCAACAGCGAGUCCGAUGAACAGGGCUGUGUGGUGAAAUUACGCGGUCUACCAUGGUCGGCGACCGUUGAUGAAAUCAUCAACUUCUUUGGUAACUGCAAGGUCAAGGGCGGGCCAAAUGGCGUUCAUAUGACUACAUCUCGUGAAGGUCGUCCUAGUGGUGAAGCCUACAUUGAAUUUGAUGAUGUUGAUGAUGUGGAGAGAGCUUGUCAGAGGGACAGAGAUCACAUGGGCAAUAGAUAUAUUGAAGUGUUUAAAGUAAAAAAGGCUGAAAUGGAGUGGAUGGUGAAACGUUCCGGCACGGCAUACGACUCCAAAGGCGAUGGUUGCGUUCGACUUCGAGGUUUACCAUUUGGCUGUUCCAAGGAAGAGAUCGCACAAUUUUUCACUGGGUUGGAAAUAGUGCCAAAUGGAAUUACACUGCUGACGGACUACUCGGGGCGCAGUUCUGGGGAGGCUUACGUACAGUUUGUUAACAAAGAAGUUGCAGAGAAAGCUCUGCUGAAACACCGGGAAAAGAUAGGACACAGAUAUAUUGAGAUUUUCCGCAGCAGUUUAUCAGAAGUGAACGGAGUUUUGGGUUAUCCUAAUCGGAAGAUACCAGCUGGUUCUAUGGGCAAUAGCGGUGGCGGUGGAGGCGGUGGUUAUCGGCCUAGUCCAUAUGAUCGUGGUGAUCGUUACAGCAGCGGAAUGGGUAGGAUGCCACCUAGGAUGUCUCGUAGCUUUAAAGAUUUCAAUAAUUUCGACAACCGCUCGUGGAAUAACGACAAUAUGAAUAAUUACAACCUGAACGACUGGAAUGGAUGUGGUGAUAACAAUCGUGGUGGUGCUUCAAACAUGCACUGUAUUCACAUGAGGGGUUUACCUUUUAAAGCAUCACAAAUGGAUAUUGCUGAUUUCUUUAAACCAAUCACUCCAGUCAACAUCCGUCUUCUACAAGAUAAUUCAGGCCGAGCUUCUGGCGAAGCUGACGUUGAGUUUGAUUCACACGAUGACGCAGUGCGUGCGAUGAGUAAAGACAAAUGCCACAUGCAACAUCGAUACAUCGAGCUGUUUCUCAACUCUUCGCCAGGCAGUAACGGAGGCGGCAAUAAUAAUAAUGGUAAUAUGAAUGGUCCGUCCAUGCCACACUACGGUGCAGUUGGACGGCGGCGAAUGUAGCCACCUUGAUACUCGCGAUUUAAAACUUAAAACUCACACAAAAACAAAUGUAAAUGUAUUUAUACAAGCCUUGAACUUGAAAUACUUGAGAUAUUCCAAUUCCGAUUUUAGUUACCCGGCUAAUGAGUGCUGGACGACUGUGUCCUCAUUGAGGUGUUGAUGAAAAUUUGCAGUGCAAAUUAAAGUGUUUAUUUACUUAUGUUUUUUAUUUUUUUGUCGGUUUAUGAAGGAUUAACGACUGACUUGUUUUUAAUGUAUUAUUUUUAUGGGUUUAUUUGAUUUCUUCGGAAUUGUACAUUUUGAUUUACGUUAAGACGGAGCACUUACUAGUUCCUAAUACAUAUUUUUAUGCAUUUUUUGAUUGUGUAUAUUUUUAUUUGUGUCUGCAGCACAUCAGAAUUUUGAUAGAUAAAUUAAAAUGAUUGACGACAGAAA